GAGCCGACAAGAGAAUUAAGUCACGAGAAAUUGUAAGGCUAUGGUCGGACAAACGGGCGUAUUGAAUACCAUGUUAGGUUGCCUACACUCACCCACUCUCUCGGUUAGCUAUAUGCGAGAAAACAGCGGAUGACAAACCUUCAAUAAUCAUCUCAAUUCCUCUUGUCCUAAGAGUCCGACUUCCAAAUACUAAUAUUCGACAUCCGGUUAAUAUCACGACCAUUCUAUUGGCCGACUUUCCCUGCCGAAUGAAGCCUCUCGUCUACAGCCGGGUAUUUUAACCACGAUCUUGAAUUAUCCCCAGCGCUAGACGAACCCAUGGGGUUCAUAUCUGGGGUACCGAGAACCCAAAGCUAUUGGCCGGGGUGAUAGUGGUUCGGCUUGGCGAUGACUUGUUUCCCGGUAUUUGACAGAUAUUCCUCGUGAUAUAUCGCAGCGGGACUCCCGCGUAUAUCAGCGGGCAUGUCUUUCUGUCUUUCUCCCACCGGACAGUUAACGACACCCGUUUAAGUUGCACGACACAGCGAAAAUGAAGCUGCUAACUCUCCUCGCCCUAACCGGCGCCGCCCAAGCGCACUACCACUUCCCAAGACUAAUCAUCAACGGGGAGCCCGAGGCCACAGACUGGACAUCCGUGCGGAUGACAAAAAAUUACCAAAGCAACGCGGGGGUAACAUCCGUUAGCAGUCCAGACAUGAGAUGUUACCAAAUGCGCGGAGCUUCCAACACAGCCACCGUCGCCGCAGGUGACGUCCUAGGUUUCGUCGCCGCCUCCGCCGUCACCCAUUUCGGCCCCGUCCAAUUCUACAUGGCCAAGGUACCCGAGGGCGCUGAUAUCAGCACCUGGGACCCUGCUGGAAAUGUGUGGUUUAAGAUUGGUAGUAUCACGGCUGUCCCACCGCUAGGAUCGAGCGAGGCUACUUGGCCUGCUUACAACAAAAAAUCCGUCAACGUAACAAUCCCCGCCGCCGUACCUAGCGGUAAAUACCUAGUCCGCGUAGAAUCCAUCGCCCUGCACCAAGCGCAAUCCGUGGGUGGCGCACAGAUAUAUCUCUCCUGCGCACAGAUCGAAGUCACCGGUGGUGGAAACGGUAAACCCGGUCCUCUUGUCGCAUUCCCCGGCGCAUACCAGGCGUCUGACCCCGGUCUACUCUGGUCGUACUACCCUGUUCCGACUACUUACACUGCUCCGGGACCUGCUGUGUGGACUGGUUAGUUGGGUUGAUUUGGUGAAUAGCUAAAUGAAUGAGGUGGAGGCGAGAUGUGUUGGUAGAACGGAGGUUAGUCGUACUAUAAGAG